AUGAUCGGCGCUGCCCGCAUCGUCGUCUCCACCGCGGCCCUCUUGGCCUUCCUCGCCGCCUCGGCGAUCCCCACCACCUUCGCGAACCCAGAGCCACGACCUCCUGGAGCGCCCAAGCCUUUGAAUUUGAACAACUUGGCUUCGUUGAGCUUGACGCCUCAACAGGCUUUGGAUGCCGAGACGAUUGCGAGCGAUGCGGUGAGUUUUUCGUCAUUUUGUAUUCCUUCCGAAUGGUCGAGUUGGGGUCGAGAGCGCGCGCGCGGCGACGCGCUUAGGGGUCGGAUUUUGGCGCGCGCUUCGACGGGAAGCUACGCCGGGAGGAUCAGAGGCCUGUAUGCUAAGAACGAAAGCUCAUGUACGAUAACUUUAUGUUUUUGAUCGCUCAGGCUGUCUCGAACUCGCUGGGACCGCAUGCCAAUCCACCCAGGCCCAACGACUCGGCUUCACAAUGGGGCAAGAUUCAAAUCGUUUCGACCGAUAGUUCUUCUUCCACGCAAUGGCUCGGUGACGGAUCCUUGGACGGAUCAGGCGUCUACGCCAACACCACCGAUCAACCUGGUACGGUCAACUUCCCCGCCACCACUUGUUCGACCCUCCCUCCCCUCUUCUCCAUCUAUGGCAUCCUCGCCGAGUACGCCGCCUUGCCUUACGUCGGUCUCGCCUCCUUCACGGGUCUACCCAACGCGCCUUCGUCGCUCAGUUCCACGUCAGGAGGCUACGCCUUCGUCGCACCCGUGAACCAAACGAACUCCAAGACGUUCGCCCAAUCCGAAUCCUCCCUCGGAAGUCCUUACCGUGGCGAGAGCGCGGUCUGGUCCUUGGACUGCAUCACGCAAGAGUUGACCGCCUCGUGGACCCUGUCCGACGGUUCGAGCCUCCCCGUCAGUUUCGUGAGUUGGUCCAAGAGUGGUCUCAUCGCGACGGGCAACUACGCGGCGUUCAAGCAAGCGUUCCCUACCGCCGAGGCACCCCUUAAAUUCGUCUUUGUGCCCGCUGCGAAUGGGUCGACGACUUUCUGGGAUGCGCAAACCGCUCAGGACAAGGCCGCCGCCGCCACUACUGCGGCCGCUAGGACGACGAGGUCGACCCGCUCGGCUCGACCGACCCGAACACCCCGAGUCAGGACCACGACGUCAGCCGUGCCUAGCAUCGCCAAGCAAGUCGGCCAAAACGUACAAGGCAUCGCUGCGGCCUCCCAGCGUUUGGGCCCCUUGUCCUCGGCCUCUCCCAUCCCCUCCAGUAGUCCUGGAGCGAAGAGUGGGAUCAAGCAUAGGCGCCACCAGCACUGA